AUGCUGAAACAGAGCGAGAGGAGGCGAUCUUGGAGCUACAAGCCCUGGAAUACUACGGAGGGCGAGGACGAGUCCCAGGCAGGGGACAGCCAACACCGCAGGAGCAUCUGCUCCGUGGGGGCCCGUUCCGGCUCCCAGGCCAGCAUCCCACCGUGGACCGAGGGCAACUACAACUACUAUAUCGAGGAGGACGAGGACGGGGAGGAGGAGGAUGAACUGAAGGACGACCUGCCCGAGGACCAGCUGCCAGAGGAGGCCAACACCGUCCAGUCGGACGGCUGCCCGGACCCUCCGGCCGUGUCGUCCACGCUGAACGUGAACGUGGGCGGCCACAGCUACCACCUGGACUACAUCGAGCUGGCCUGCUACCCCAAGACGCGCCUGGGCCGCCUGGCCACCUCCACCAACCGCAGCCGCCAGCUGGCCCUGUGCGACGACUACGAGGCACAGGCGGACGAGUACUUCUUCGACCGCGACCCAGCCGUGUUCCAGCUCGUCUACAAUUUCUACUUGUCCGGGGUGCUCAUGGUGCGCGACGAGCUGUGCCCGCGCAGCUUCCUGGAGGAGCUGGGCUACUGGGGCGUGCGGCUCAAGUACACGCCGCGCUGCUGCCGCAUCUGCUUCGAGGAGCGGCGCGACGAGCUCAGCGAGCAGCUCAAGAUCCAGCGCGAGCUGCGCGCCCAGGCGCAGGCCGAGGAGGCCGAGGAGCUCUUCCGCGACAUGCGCUUCUACGGGCCGCAGCGGCGCUGCCUCUGGAACCUUCUGGAGAAGCCCUUCUCGUCGGUGGCCGCCAAGGUCAUCGGAGUGGCCUCCAGCCUCUUCGUGCUCAUCUCCGUGGUAGCGCUGGCGCUCAACACGGUGGAGGAGAUGCACCAUCAGACGGAGCAGGGCGCGGGCGGCGGCGACCCGCGGCCCAUCCUGGAGCACGUGGAGAUGCUGUGCAUCGCCUUCUUCACGCUGGAGUUCCUGCUGCGCCUCGCCUCCACGCCCGACCUGCGGCGCUUUGCGCGCAGCGCCCUCAACCUGGUGGACCUCGUGGCCAUCCUGCCGCUCUACCUGCAGCUGCUGCUUGAGUGCUUCACCAGCGAGGACCAGCAGCACGGCAAGGGCUCGCCGCUAGAGCACGACCUGGAGACCGUGGGCCGCGUGGGCAAGGUGGGCCAGGUGCUGCGCAUCAUGCGCCUCAUGCGCAUCCUCCGCAUCCUCAAGCUGGCGCGCCACUCCACCGGGCUGCGCGCCUUCGGCUUCACGCUGCGCCAGUGCUACCAGCAGGUGGGCUGCCUGCUGCUCUUCAUCGCCAUGGGCAUCUUCGCCUUCUCCGCGGCCGCCUACUCCGUGGAACACGACGUGCCCGGCACCAACUUCACCAGCAUCCCCCACGCCUGGUGGUGGGCGGCGGUGAGCAUCUCCACUGUGGGCUAUGGAGACAUGUACCCGGAGACCCACCUGGGCAGGCUUUUUGCCUUCCUCUGCAUUGCUUUCGGGAUCAUCCUCAACGGGAUGCCCAUUUCCAUCCUCUACAACAAGUUCUCUGAUUACUACAGCAAGCUCAAGGCUUAUGAGUACACUGCCAUCCGAAGGGAAAGGGGAAAGGUGGACUUCCUGCAGAGAGCCAGAAAGAAGAUGGCUGAGUGUUUGGCUGGAAGCAACCCACAGCCCACCCCAAGGAGAGAGAAUUAA